UACAAGUGCAGUGGUGACGAAAUUAAUUUUGUGAGUCACCCUGCAUGCUUGUUCGACGUGGGAUUGAAUCAUCACUGGAACCGGCUCGUCGGGUCACCGCUCACUAAAAGCUUCGCAUACAAUUAAAAUCUUCUUGGACAACCUGUCUCUUGAGGACAUCAUAACAGUCCUUGCCAAUUUUCUAUACGCGUUGUUGCGUUUCUAAACAAAAAAAAAUAAAAAUAUCCCAUUUGUAUACAUAACCAAAGAAAGAGUUUGUUGACGAAUUUCCUGAAUUAAAAUUCUUUGCGAACCUCCUUACAAUGGAUCAAUUAUAUAUAGUGUAAGCAUUUCUACAUAGGUAAAUGUAAAUAGUACCUAAGCGAGUAUGUUUAUUGUUAGCAUUAAGUCAUGUUAGCUGUAAGCAACAAUGUAAACAGCUCUUAAACGUAUAUGUAACUAGUAUGUAAGAGAGGGCCAGAGUCUAUCUAGGUCAUAAGGAUUGCACGUAAUAGAUACACUCUGUCUACACACUAAGGAGUAUGUUCAGUAAAAGAUGUCAUAUGUAUACUUUAGCGUGGGGGAUUAACUCCAUUUUGCAAAAAUAAAAGAAGACAUUAGAUUUUGUGCGCAGUUACGAAAAGGACGUGUUUUAAUUCGAUACCACUAAGACCUGAUAUAUUACAUCAGAAGUGGUCCGCGAAACCAUUCCUAUUAAAAGUACAGUCAAUUUUAAAUAAAAUAAUGGAAAGUGAGAACAUAAGUGCUGAUCGAUAUUCGCUGUUGCAGCUGAAGGCCUGGUGCACGGCCGUUGGGCUAAACGCGAGUGGCGCAAAGGCCACUUUAGCUGCAAGACUCAGCGCCCUAUCAGCGGAGGCACGUGGACUGUGCCCUGGAGAAAAUGUAGCUGAAAAUUCAAAAAGGCAAGGUUCAGCAGCAGCAGAUAAUUUUGAAAAGAGUGGCGAGGACAGUAGUGCAAACGAUGGUGAAAACAACGAUGGCGUGAACAACGACAUAAACAACGGUGCGAACAACGGUGUGAACAACGGUGCGAACAACGGCAUGGACAACGGUGCGAACAACGGCACGAACAACGGCAUGGAUAACGGUGCGAACAACGGCACGAACAACGGGGCGGACAACGGAAGAAUUAUAAGAAGCGACCACGACAACGAUGGAGUGUUCGUUCGAAGCGACGUAGCUUGCGUACGUAGCGGCACCUUUGGGCGGCGUCCAGCAAGGCACUCCGAAGAUAGCGAUAGCGUGAGUAGUGUAACAGCAAUCCAUUUACCCGUUAUCCGCAACAACGACAAUGCCGAGGCAGCAGCCCUUAAAGUGGAGUUAUUGCAAAAAGAGAUUGAGGUCCUUAAACUUCAAAAGGCUCUGCUUGAAAACAAACAAAUGGCGGGAACACACGAAGUAAGCGACAAAGUUGCGUUCGAAACAAUAAAGGAAAUAAUACCAAUGUACGAUGGCGGCGAUGGAUUUACCACAUGGUAUAAUCAAGUGAUGCACUAUCGCGGCAUAUUCAAAGUCGACGAUGCGAUGAUGUGUGUGGCCAUACACCACACCUAAAGUUGAAGGGUGCAGCUCUUACGUGGUACAAUGCUAAGCCAACGUUCGCCAACAAUGUAGACCAAUUAAUGAACGAAAUGAAGACGGUGUUCACGUCCGGCGAAAGAAAGCUCGGACGCCGUUGUAGGUUUGAAAACCGUGUGUGGGUGCCGGACGAAAGUUUUUCAAACUACUACAAUGACAAGUUCGCCCUACGAGCAGAUUUAAACCUUAGUGACGAAGAAUUCGCGGAUUACCUUGUCGAAGGAAUCCCUGACAAGCAACUCCGCAACCAAGCAAGAUUGCACAAUUUUACGUCACCAAACGAUGUCAUGAGAGCAUUCCGCUCAAUUACAUUGCCGGAACGACCAGCAGCAAAGCAACGCGCCGAUGAACGUCUCAGGUGCUAUAACUGUAACUGUUCAGGCCACUACGCCAAAGAUUGCAGGAAGGCGAAACGAGAAGCAGGGUCGUGCUAAGCUUGCGGACAGCAAGGACACUUCGCAACAAACUGUAACCA